GACAGGAAAAUACUACACGAUGCAACAAAAUGGCGCCGUGCAUGGAACCGGGGAAAUUUUGACUUUUUUAACAAUUGAAUUAUUUGUACCAGUUCAACUGUCAACCUAAAAUGGAGCCCCACACGAGUCAAGAUGUUGAAAACGAACGCUUGAAAUUACAAAACGACAUUCAAAAAAUCCAAGACACUCUAUACGAGGAUAGCUACAGCGAGUACGACAGCAGCGACGAUUCCUGCCUGGAAAUCGACUUAGGAAGUUCUGAAAGGAAUCCGUCCGCUUUGACCGUAACUGAUGACGAUGCUCGAACCCAUUCCAGCUUUGCUGAAUCUUCUGCAAGUCAUUUUGAUGGCACUGAGAUAUCGGAAGUGACAGAUUUUGAGCAGGAGAUAAAUGUUGGUGAUGCGGAGUCCGCGGAGUUGCCCGUGUCUGUGGAGUCAUGCCUUGCGUUGAACCGAGCUUACCAGGAAGUGAUUGUGGACGUUCUCCGCCAGACAGAGGCUUCACUGGAGGAAAACAGACAGAAACAGCAACACUUUGAGAAGGAUGUUGUUUGCCAGCGAGAGAAGAAUCUGAACUCUGCCCAGUCCAAGGUUCUGUACAAGCACUUCUCCAUGCCCUACAUCAAAGACCCUGCUGGAGGGGGCCCCCCUCCAAAUGAAGAUGUUCAAAUGAAACAACUGAUGAAGGAGCACAAGCAGGAUAUUCCACCGGACAGAGACUGGCUGAAUCGGGACAGGAAGAAGUUGUACGAAGCCAUUGCUGAGGAUGCCCUCCAACAGCUGCUGCAACCUCUGAUGAUGAGACAGGAGCUGGAGCAGGACAAGCUGGAGAGAUGCAGUGGGAAGGACGCUGCAGCAAUCAGGGCCCGCAUCCGCGCCAUCGAGGAGGACAUGGUACAGAAGAGAAAAACUUCCAGAUCAGACCUCUUAAAAAAUGUCGAUACAACUAAAACAGACUGGAUGAAAAUAUCAAAUAUUGCGUACGAUGGGCGGAAGACCUGGCAGGAAUGUCAGACCAUGUGGAACAAUGUACUCAGCCCCAACGUGAACCGUGGGAAGUGGGAACCCGAGGAGGAGAAACAGCUGCUGGCACUUGUUAGGGUCAGCAGGGGGAAACACUGGGAGAAGGUCGCUGCCGACCUGCAGACGGGACGUACAGCCUUCCAGUGCUUGCAGCACUACCAAAUGAAUCUUAAUCCAGAAAAUUCUAACAGACCCUGGAAGAAUGAGGAAGAUCUGAAACUACUCGGUGUCGUCAGUGACAUUCGUCACAGCGGACAUAGAUUGCUGUGGUCCAAAGUGUCGAGCUACAUGGAGAACCGGAGUGGAACCCACUGCUUCAGCCGCUUCCAGCAGAUCGACCCGGACAUGAAGAGGGGGCCCUGGAGCACAGAGGAGGAUGUGAAACUGUUUGCGGCUGUGAAGAUGUGUGGCACUCAGAGCUGGAUGCGAUUGGCUGAAUUUGUCCCAGGAAGAAGCUCCAUACAGUGUAGAGACAGGUGGCUGAACAGUCUCGACCCCAGCAUCAGGCUGGGCAACUGGUCCUAUGAGGAAGACAAGAAGCUGCUCAAGGCCAUCACAGAACUAGGCACCAAGAGUUGGACAAAGAUUGCUGCCAAGUUGAAUGGUCGUACUGACAACAUGGUUCUACAGAGGUACCGGCGGCUGGAAAUCUGGCAGAGGAAGUGCAAGUGGUUUGAUGAAUUGCCGGAGACAACAAAGAGAGCUCUGCUUGGGGGGCACCUGUCAUCAGAAGAGUUGAAGGAGAGAGAGCACACGACAUGGCGAAACUUUCAGGAGGGGAUGGGAGUUCUCAAAGAAGACUAUGCCAAACAGGAAAGGGAUAGACAGAAAGGGGAUAUUGUUGUUCCACGUCCUCCGCCGCUCCUGGGAUACGGAACAUCCGCCCGGCAGAGGCUGAUCGAACAACGGGUGCAUCUGCAGAACAUCAUCCUCAAACACGUCCGAUUCAUCCAGAACAGUGACGUGGCAGACACCCAGGAUGGAGAUGAGGUUGAUACCCAAACUGCUGAGAAGUUGGCUGCCCAAAUCCAUUAUUCCCACAACAGCAACAUGUCGGUGAAGAAGCUGAUCGAGCUGUCCCGGAACGUGAAGGGCGGCCUGCUGCAGGCGCGGGGCAAGGCCAGACUACACUCCAAGAGGAACUUCAACUUCAGAGCCGUGGAAAGGAAUCGGCGAUUGGAGCGGUCAAUGAGAGGAGCUGUUCACUCCAUUUAUAAAACAAAAAAGAAAAUGAAAAAAGGGAGGCCAAGAAAAUUCUUCAAUCGUACACUGACAGGAAGUUCUACGGAACUGGAGCUUCGCCAGAUUAAAGUCAAGUCACUCAACAUUGUCAUGAAGGCCCUUGAUGUUGAUCCACGGACAAUGCUGGAAAAUGCCUCUAAGUUUAAAAACAUGAGUAAAUCGGCAGCCCUUCCUUCCACCACCCCAAAUGGAACUCCAGCCACGCCCACCCCUACUCCAGCCACGCCCACUGGCACCCCAGCUGCUGGCAGGAGAAGCAAGGGGUCCAAAAGACAACUGAGCAAGGCUGAGGCCAAACAGCAGGCAAAGAAGGCGCCUCCCGCCCCAGGGGCACCGGAACCCAUGGGCGAGCUGGACAUGCUGCGGAGUGCUGAGAGUGAGAGGUCACAGGAGGGGGACACGGAGGGGGACACGGAGGACACUGGGACACCAGGCAGAGGCACAGCGGGACUUGGGGAAGAUCAAGAUGCUGCUCCCAGAAAGAAGAAAUCAGUAACUUUUGUUCAAGGCACCACUGUCAAGACUGUCAAACCUGCUAGUCGCCAAAGGUUUACCCGAAUUGUCACAAAGACAGUGUCAAAACCUGAUCUAGACCCAACGUCACCUGAUCCCGUGAAGUCUACUGCUUCCAUCUCUAUAGGCACCAAUACUGAGUCGAGUGCUGAAUCUGACAGUGAUGAGCCACUCGUCUGUGAACGGUCCCUUCCAUACCUACCACCUAAUGUGACAAACUUGACUGCCUUCAAAUCUCUGCUUCUCAAUCGGAGAAAGAACAUUACAAAUGCAGGAUCUUUGUAUGAUGUGAAAUAUUACCACAUGCCCAACACCCGCCCCAAGCAUCAGAGAGUCCCGACUCCGAGUGAAUCGAAUGAUACGACAGAGUCUGACACAACAGUGAAGUCGGACCCGUCUCCCACCUUGACGACAAGCCAUCUCAGGAAGAUCCGCAACACCGAGCAAUAUGCUUUGCUGAAGGCCAGGUUCCAGGCGCUGUUUGUGUGGCCGGCGCUCGUCUCCACGAUACACCCUCCGUUUGACAGGAAGGAUUUCUGCCAGAAGGCCAAGACAAUCACAGCUGGGGAGGAGGAGGUGGAGAACCUGCCACGAGCCAAGACGAAAGGGUACCCCCUGAGUAGAGGCAGCAGGUUCUACAGGAAGCAGGUGAUGUCCAGGGCUCACAAACAAGGCUCCAACAAGAAGAGCAGAGGCAGCCAGAACCAGUCUGACGAUCAAGUUGAUGCCCACUCCACACCAGUUCAGUCCAGCUUUGACCAGUCACUUCCAUCAGGAUCAGGUGAAGCCGAUUUACACAUCACGAGUGACAACAUCAUUACUCCCAGAGGAAGAGGCCGACCUCGAGGGAAGAUGAAACGCAAAGUUGUGGAAGCGCCGACUCGAUCACUCCGAGAGAGGAAAGAGAAAAGUCCACCUGAGAAGAAAGUUAAGAAAGAGAAAAGUGAGAACCGCAUCCAGAGAGUUUCAGCCAAACGUGCGUUCCUGGGGCGGAAUCUCCGACAGUCCAUGCUGGACUCCAUGGCGGCCAUGGAGGCAGGACUGAGACCAGAUCCAGCUCAAGACAUUGCCCCAUCAGGUACCACCCCAUCAGGUACCACCCCAUCAGGUACCACCCCAUCAGGUACCACCCCAGGGAGUGAUGGUCUCACCACAAACAGUGAAAAGUCUUCCACUAACGUGUCAAAGAACUAUUCAGUUGCUCUGGCUUCCGAUUUAGAAUGUCUUCCCUUAGCAGCCUCCAAAUCAACUGUACCAUCAGAAGAUGAAGAUGUUAAAGCUUCAGUCUUGGGUCCUGUCGUUACGUCAGUGAAAUUCGGAGAGGUGACAGCGUCAGGUGUGGAUAUCCCAUCCCAGUUGAACACAGUGCAAAUGUCGAAGUCUGGUGGUAUUCGGAAUCAAGGGAUCCCCAUGAUCCUCACCUAUAUUAAGGGCGAGAAUGGUGCCAUGAUCCCAGUACUGAAUCCAGUUCCCAUCGGUGUUGUGCCUGCUGUUGGUUCGGGUCCAGUCAGUAUUGCCCAGAUCAAAACCCACCCAGUGCUUUCCCCAGCAGCCCCUCCAUCCCCUGGUGGUGCAGGGCAUUCGGAGCCCUCUACAUCUACAUCUACAUCUACAUCAUGAUGGAUGGACGGACGUACAGCGCUCACGUUGUUCUUGACCUGCUAUACAGGCCUGUCAGUGUGAAAUAUAACUUCUUCACGGGUAUAUCUUAAAGGGGAUAACCCCUUUAUAAGACUUUGAGGUUCUUCAAGGGCCAGAGCCCUGUUCCACAAACAUAGACUUGCAAUCUUUGAUAAGGUAAUUCAACACAGACUUAUGACAUUCACCUGUUUCAUCUUCAAGAAAUUUGUAGUUUCUUCAAUUCUGAGUUAACAUAAUGUUUUUGUAGAUAUUGGUUUCAAGGAUACAAUUGUUGCCAUGAGUUGACCCUGUGCGAUUCAUACUAUGUUGCAUGUUCACAUCCUACAAAAGGUAUGUGUCAGCAUUCUACCAUAAUACAGCAAAGCCAUAAAUCUCAGGACCUGCAAGCCCAAUUGUAUCAAGGUUAUACUGCACAUAAUACUUCAAAUUUCAAUUUUACAAUUUUAUAUAUUGUGCUGUUUUAGACAUUAAGGGAACCAACCUUGUGCUGUUUUAGACAAUUGCUGUAUUCUCCAGGCGAAGUUUUGUCUGAUCUGUUAGAAACAAGUACAACAUGGUCACCAGGAGAAGCAAGAACAAAAUCAGUCUACAGAAAAUGUUUCACUUCGUUUGACCUAUUCCCAAAGGAUUUUGGAUUCAUAGGAAAUAACAAUUUUGUCAUCAGCAAGAUUUGUACGUGAAAAUAUCGGCAUGUGUCAUUCUGACCAGGUUAAGUUUUGUUAUCUGUUAUCGAUGCAAAUAAAUGUCGGGAAUUACGUAAAGAA